UGUGUGUGUGUGUGUGUGUGUUCCUCAUUCUUUAGUAACUGGUUGGUUCAGGCUGUGAUGUCAUCACCUCACGAGCAGAUUUCAGUCAGCGGAGCCUCUUCUACCAGUUCUUGUGAAGCUGUUUCUGAUUGGAGCGUGAUUCAGCUACUUCCUGUCUGCGGCUGCUACUUCCUGUUGUCUUCCUGAUGGACCCCCCGUCGUACAACGCUCAGUCCGUGGCCCCUUACUUUCCUCCCGCCCCCACGGCGGCCAUAGCAACCAUCACCUCCCUUCCUCCCUACCACCCAACACCGACCACACCCCCACCUACCUACGGAGAAGCAGUCACCAUGCAGACGGACCCGUUUCCUGUCCUGACUCCACCCACCAGGCAGUCACUACCCAAUCAGGAGCAGACUGGCUACUUCUUCCAUCAAUCAACACAAAUUGUCAACACGGAGACAGUGCGGCAGCAGCCUAUCCCGACGGUGGUGAUCAUCCAAUCAGAGGCUGUGGGUCAGCUGGGCGACGCCCCCUGUACGACCCAGUGUUCUAACUGCGGUCAGCGGGUCACGACGGUCGUCGUCUACAGACCCGGCGUGGCUGCGUGGGCCAUGUGCGGCCUGAUCACACUCCUGGGCUUCAUCUGUGGAUGCUGUUUGAUCCCGUUGCUGGUCCCAGGGUUCCAGGAUGCUCAUCACUCCUGCCCGCUAUGCCACGCCCACCUCCACGUACACACCAGGAUGUGACAUCAUCACUACACGGCCUGAUAUCAUCACUACAGGACGUGACGUCAUCUCUACAGGAAGUGACGUCAUCUCUACAGGACGUGACAUCAUCGCUACAGGAAGAGAAGGACCGGUGACGUCACAAUCCCUAGUCAGAGUGCUUCUCUCUCUCUUAUUAAACCACUGGACUGGUGUAGACUGGGUUAGGGGGAUAGAGAGAUUACAGAGGUUAGGGUUCAGAGGUCAGUGUAACGCCCUGACGACGGCCGUUACAGUCAGGGGGAUAGAGAGAUUACAGAGGUUAGGGUUCAGAGGUCAGGGAUUAGAUUGAGAACAUGGCUGUUGGGUCGAACCUCAGCCUGAUUUAACAACGUUAAUUUACACUGUAUUAAUUAUAUUAUAUUAUAUUAACUAUAUCAUUUAUUAUAUUGCAUACGGUAUUAACUGUAUCGUUUAUUAAAUAGUGUAUGAAUUAUAAUGGAUGUUAUACACUGCUCAAAAAAAUAAAGGGAACACUUAAACAACACAAUGUAACUCCAAGUCAAUCACACUUCUGUGAAAUCAAACUGUCCACUUAGGAAGCAACACUGAUUGACAAUAAAUUUCACAUGCUGUUGUGCAAAUGGA